AUGUUCUACUCGCUCGUGCAGACCAUCGUUUGUGUGCUGCUCAUUCAGGCUGGCAUUUAUGCGCUGCAUUUGAAUGGUCCAAGCGGUAGCAGCAAUGGCGCGAGCUUGGGUAGCGGCGGCAGCGGCAGCGGUGUUGGUGUCAAUGCGCCCACGAGCCAUGGUGGUAGCGGCGCCGCACAGCUUAAUGCCGCCGUGAAUACAAAUCAAAUGCUCAACAUACUCUCCGCUAAUCAGCAUGCGCAACAUCUGCAUGCCGGCGGCAGCGGUAGUGGCAGUGGCGGCGGCGGUGGUGGCAGCGGUAUUGGACUCUCGCGUGCUCUAAGCAAAUCCGCUGUCAAUCCAUUGGGUAAUGCCGGUCGUUUGUCACAGGAAUUAGCUGAUAGAGCACAGCUCGAACGCGAACGUCUAAUGUUACUCGGACUGGCGAAGCAGACAGCAUUGGCCAAUAGCGGUACGGGUCAUCAUGGACGUCCUAUUAUUACCGGUCGCAUACAAAUGAGUCCCGUCGAGGAUGUGGAGAGCGACUAUACGUCGCUGUUGUUGCCACAAGCGCGUGGUCCGCUCUAUGGCAGUGUUGUUAAAGAGCCGGCGGCCAUAGAGGAUGAUGAGUAUGUCGAUGAAGAGCGUGAUUAUGAGAGAGCUCGUUUAAGUAGUGGGGGAAAUCGUAAAUAUGAGUAUGGGCGCAUAGUAGAACCGGCUGAUCGUGAAGAGUACACCGAGCCACAGCACAACGACGAGUUGGAUGAGCUGAUUGAAGCUGAACCGGAGCUAGAUGAUGUGCUCUCCGAUUUAGAAAGCUAUCAGUAUUUGGAUGAGCUCUUGCCGCCGGAACAUCGCAAUUUAUGGGGUGAUGACGGUUUGGGUUAUGGCAUCGCCGGUGGUAACAGUCGGCCACAUCAUCUGAAUGACGGUUUUCCACUGCUGUUGAAUCCAUAUCGCACGCUAGAAGAGCUGGAGAAUAGUCCGUCUCAUACCUUGCAAAAAAUAUUCGAAAAGGAAUCGCAUGACAAGGCCGAUUCGAAAGCCCACCGCCUACAUACGUCACACCCGACACACGAACAGCAGCAACAGUACGAACAACAACCACAUCAUCAGCCAACGCAGUCACAGCAGCAAUAUGCAUUCAGCGGUGGCGUUAAGCACCGCAACGGUGGUUAUGGUGGUGGUGGUGGUGGCGGCAGCGCAGCUGACUACAAUAAUAAUAUGCAGCAGAAGUGGCAGCGUAAGCGUUCACAGCAACAACAACAGCAGCGACAAUUACAACAGUGGCAACGCAAUAUAUUCGGUCAGCAACUAAAACAGCAGCAAUUGCACCAUUUCGGCAAACAACCACAGCGCCACAACAAACUUUCGCUGGCCAAUUCUGAAGCCACCGCCACUAAACAUAUUCCGUUAAAUGGUAGUAUUAACAAUCUCAACAACAACAACAACAACAAUAAAUUGUCAAGCACUUUGAACGCAUUGGCAACGCAACAACAAAGUUCCUCCGCACCUAUAAUGUCCAGCGACGAUGCGGCUAUGAAAAGUGAUCAGCUGCAGCAACAACAACGACCACAACAGCAGCAGCAACCAGAGGAGCCAACACAACAGCAGGUUGGCAAGGAUACCACUGCUGAUGAUGCAAGUCCAACAUCGGGCUUAUCAAAGGCUGCUGCCAAAUUGAAGGCACAGCAGCAGCAACAACUGCACAAAAAACAGCAGACGCCGUCACAAAAGCAAGAAUCUUUCUUGCAUCCCAAUCAUAAGCGCUCCGGCAGCGUUGGUGGCGUCAGUGCCGCUAAUGGCAUGUCAGCAGCGGCUGCUGCGGCGGCGACCAACGGUUACUCCUCCAUCGCAAGUCAGCUGAUGUUGCGUACGGCGCGAGGGCAGCGGCAGUACGACGUGCCACAAAUAGGUGAGUGA